AAGCCUCCAUCAACCAAUAAGUGGUCAUAGUUACAGCAAGUCUCCAUCAACCAAUAAGUGGUCAUAGUUACAGCAAGCCUCCAUCAACCAAUAAGUGGUCAUAGUUACAGCAAGUCUCCAUCAACCAAUAAGUGGUCAUAGUUACAGCAAGCCUUCAACAAAUCAGUGGUCAUAUUUACAGCAAGCCUCCUUCAACAAAUCAGUUGUCAUAGUUACAGCAAGCCUCCUUCAACAAAUCAGUUGUCAUAGUUACAGCAAGCCUCCUUCAACCAAUCAGUUGUCAUAGUUAUAGCAAGCCUCCAUCAACAAAUCAGUAGUCACUUUUUAAAUUUAAGUUGCAGCAAAUCUCUUCAGCAGAUUUUUUUCCAUAGUUAAAACAAAAUUCUGUGAAGGAUUGAUGGUCAUUAAAUUACAGAGAAUGAACGAUUUGUGUUGUUACCACAUAUCACCACAAAGGUGAAUUUACAAGUGAUAGAAUACAGUGAGAUUCUGACAAGCUCUUCAGUGGUUAUAUUUAGCAUCAAAGGAAUGACUACUUUUAUAAUGCUGACAUUACCAUCAUAAGGUGAUAUAAAAGCUCGGUGAAAACGUGUGUGUUAUGUUCACCAGUGUAAAGAUUACACACACACAGGAACAUUUUCAACUGUUACAUCAAUACAUGUAUCUCAGGCUACAUGGUGCCUCUAAACCAUUCAUCAUAGCCAAUUGAUGUGUUAGGUCAGGUCUAGCCUGUUAAGCUUCGCUACGUCCACGCCUGGGUAACUGACAGUCCACCCUGUUGUCAACACCUGACUGACAGAGUCCACCCAGUUGUCAACACCUGGGUAACUGACUGAGUCCACCCUGUUGUCAACACCUGGGUAACUGACUGAGUCCACCCUGUUGUCAACACCUGAGUGACUGACAGAGUCCACCCUGUUGUCAACACCUGGGUAACUGACAGAGUCCACCCUGUUGUCAACACCUGACUGACAGAGUCCACCCUGUUGUCAACACCUGUGUAACUGACAGAGUCCACCCUGUUGUCAACACCUGUGUAACUGACUGACAGAGUCCACCCUGUUGUCAACACCUGGGUAACUGACUGAGUCCACCCUGUUGUCAACACCUGGGUAACUGUUAGAGUCCACCCUGUUGUCAACACCUGUGUAACUGACUGACAGAGUCCACCCUGUUGUCAACACCUGGGUAACUGACUGAGUCCACCCUGUUGUCAGCACCUGGGUAACUGUUAGAGUCCACCCUGUUGUCAACACCUGGGUAACUGAUAGAGUCCACCCUGUUGUCAACACCUGUGUAUCUGACUGACAGAGUCCACCCUGUUGUCAACACCUGGGUAACUGACUGAGUCCACCCUGUUGUCAGCACCUGGGUAACUGUUAGAGUCCACCCUGUUGUCAACACCUGUGUAACUGACUGACUGAGUCCACCCUGUUGUCAGCACCUGGGUAACUGUUAGAGUCCACCCUGUUGUCAACACCUGGGUAACUGAUAGAGUCCACCCUGUUGUCAACACCUGGGUAACUGAUAGAGUCCACCCUGUUGUCAACACCUGUGUAUCUGACUGACAGAGUCCACCCUGUUGUCAACACCUGGGUAACUGACUGAGUCCACCCUGUUGUCAGCACCUGGGUAACUGUUAGAGUCCACCCUGUUGUCAACACCUGUGUAACUGACUGACUGAGUCCACCCUGUUGUCAGCACCUGGGUAACUGUUAGAGUCCACCCUGUUGUCAACACCUGGGUAACUGAUAGAGUCCACCCUGUUGUCAACACCUGUGUAUCUGACUGACAGAGUCCACCCUGUUGUCAACACCUGGGUAACUGACUGACAGAGUCAACACCUGGGUAACUAACUGAGUCCACCCUGUUGUCAACACCUGGGUAACUGAUAGAGUCCACCCUGUUGUCAACACCUGGGUAACUGAGAGAGUCCACCCUGUUGUCAACACCUGGGUAACUGACUGACAGAGUCCACCCUGUUGUCAGCACCUGGGUAACUGUUAGAGUCCACCCUGUUGUCAACACCUGGGUACCUGAUAGAGUCCACCCUGUUGUCAACACCUGUGUAUCUGACUGACAGAGUCCACCCUGUUGUCAACACCUGGGUAACUGACUGACAGAGUCAACACCUGGGUAACUGACUGAGUCCACCCUGUUGUCAACACCUGGGUAACUGAUAGAGUCCUCCCUGUUGUCAACACCUGGGUAACUGAGAGAGUCCACCCUGUUGUCAACACCUGGGUAACUGACUGACAGAGUCCACCCUGUUGUCAACACCUGGGUAACUGACUGAUUGAGUAUGUAGGGCUCUGUGUUCGUGUCAUUGUUAUUCCUGCCCCAGGGCUGCAGCAACACUGCUCAAUAUUUCUGCUUAUAAUUGAAUAUUGUGAUGAACUACAAUUUGUAGGAAGUAGACUUUAUGCCUGAAGCGGUCGUUCCAUUGGAUGCAGCCUUUGUGACAUAAUCACUUGCUCUGAUCAAAGUGAGUUGGAUGCACUUGCAGUUAGAUGUAGAUUUAUUUUGACGCUGAGAGAGGAAAAUAAAGAGCUUUACUUGUGAGGAGAUUUUGAGCUAGUGGAUAAUUAAGUGAAGUGGACAAUACUAAUAGUAACUGGUGUGAUUAUCCAGCAGGGCAUAUAUGGCCUUGACACUUAACAGUGGACACACAGUAUGAUAAAGGGAGAGCUGCUGUAUCUACCACAGACAGCACUGAGUCCCAGCUGAUGGUGUAUGAUAGCUCUACCAGUGAGUACGGUGUGCCAGAGUGCCCAGUAACGGGUUGGACGGGUUGGACGAUGUGACCUAGCUCUACUCAGAUAUCUACAUUUUGCUAUCUGCUGUAACUGAUGUGGAGGACGAGCAUAUCUGUUGUGGUACCUCCGAGCUGUAGGAAGUCUUAUGUAACUUUCCAGUGUGAAUGACUCUGACUCACAAAAAGACUGGUAUCUUGAGGUAUAAGUCUCAGCUCUGAAUUACUACUGACUCUCUGUAAUACAACUCAGAAUGAUAAUUAUCUAUGAUACCAUUCCAGUGUGAUUAGGAGUGACCUGUGACUCUGAAAGUGAUUUGUUUCAGAGUAAAUAUUGAACCUCAGUAACAGGUGACUCGUAGAUACUAAUGAGUUAAAGUGACUCAAUAGUGACUCAAAGUGUGGUGGGACACAGUAACUUGUUUGAAGACUAAUGAUUAAUAAGUUCUGUGAUUCAGAAGUAUACUGAGGCAUGGAAUUAACAAUACCUACCUGGACACAUAACAAUUGAUUCAAAAGUGACAUAGAUUGCCUGUAUACACAUGUGUAUUGUCGAACAAAUGCUGAAUUAAUUAAUUGCCACUAGAUGGAACAAAAUGUACAAGCUUGUGAUCUGUGUAUGAGCUUGUGUGAUUACGUAGUUUGUAUGUUGUGUAGGGGAUAGAGUAGGGAUGGAUGUCGCUAUCACCACCAACACACCAGGGGCCUGAUCAAUAGCCGCUGGGGCAGACCCCAGGACACGCUAUCACCACCAACACACCAGGGGCCUGAUCAAUAGCCGCUGGGGCAGACCCCAGGACACGGGAUUAAUACUGUGAAUCUACCAUAACUGACUUACUGACCAGUGUUACCUAGGUGAUGAUCACGAGUUAUUACCUGUGUAGAAGUUGGUGUUUUACCUAUGGAGUAUACCUUUAACGAGGAAUCAUCAGCUGAUACAGGUACACACCUGUCUACAGAAAUCUGGGGCUACAAACAUCUGGACCUACACAAAUCAUUCAACUACAUCAUUGUGUUGAUAAUCCUUGGAUCAUUAUGGAGUUUUGUUUAAGAGUAUCAAAAAGAGUUAGGUAAUUCUAACACUUUGGUCAGAAGCCUCGGUGUUUGAAUACAACCUCUGUAUUGUAAUUUUUAGUUUGACUGGAAUUAGCCAUACAUAUUUCAAUGUUGAAGCAAAAACUCAUUCCAUAUAAAAGGAUAAUGAAUUAAAAUUUUAAAGAAAUGGUCAAACUUUUAUUAGAGAUUUCACUUGAAAAUUGGAUAUUCCUGGUUUUGAGGAAGUCUUAGCCAAAGUUGGUUAACAAAGACAGAUUGAUGACCUCUCCAUGUUCUUGUGAUGUGAAUUAUCUUUGUGAUGAGUUUGGUAACCUAGAGGAGCUUAGUUAUAUAUGAUAAUCUGUAACAUAGACACAAAUAAUGGAGUACUACGCGGAGAGUGUCAUCACCAUAGUUUAUACCAUUGCCAUAGUGACCUCCAAUACUCUAAUACUAUUGGUUGUGGCAUGCACAGAGUCGUUCAGGAACAUGAACAAGGUUUAUUUCUGUUCUCUGACGUUGGCUGACCUGUGUGUAGGCGUGUUCAUCACACCGUUUGCUGUAUUCAGUACAUUCAGUAAGAACUGGAUUUAUAACGAUGAGAAGUUCUGUCACUUUGAGGCCUACCUACUAGCUGUGUUCUUCAUCGCCGGUCUGUAUUCCAUGUCCUGGAUGAGUGUAGACCACUACUUAGCGGUCAGAAAACCUCAGAGACACAAAAUCGCAAUGACCCCUACGCGGUCUAUGUGUUGGAUUUUCUUUGCCUGGCUUGGAGCCAUUAGUUUUUGUUGUCCUCCUCUUUUUUCGUUUCAGAGAGCGAACUUUUACCAGGAAGUGUUUAUCUGUUCUAUAGAGGCCGGCCCACACAAGCCCUACUUUGUGACUGCCGGGGUUCUGGUGAUGUUUCCAGCCGUGGUAGCUCUCAUUGUUACCAAUGCGUAUAUUUUUACACGCCCAUUCCAAAAGAAACGUUACAUGUUUGAGACUAUUUUACCUGACACUGCCUCGCGGCCGGGGAAUUACUUUAUGAACUUUGUGGUGACCAUAAUCUUCUGUAUUGCAUGGUUGCCAUGGCUGAUGCUACAACUAUAUGGGGCAUUCAUUGACCAGUAUACGUCGUACCCCCACCGCGUACACUUCUACCUGUUGUGGAUAGCUAUUGGCAACUCCUGCUAUAAGUUUUUUGUGUACCUAGCCAUGAGCCAGGAGUUUAGGAAAGGUUUGCGCCAGCUUUGUGGCCACACAGACUGUCAUUGUCCAGAGUGUUCAAUUGCACACAAUAUCAGCAUCAACUUUAUCACUGUCAACAGUCGCAAAUAAACAUCAAGUUAAACUUGCUGUGUGUGUAGUAUGGUGAUAAUCUGGUUAACAGAACUUUGGGUAACCAGAUCUAGUGUCCUAUGGAAUUCUAGGUAUUGAGCAGAAUCAAAUUGGGCCUUACAUGGAGAUGGUGGCACCUCACUACUGAUGUAGUAAACUUAACACUGUUUCUUCUGUAAAUCACUUUAUCUCUACAGGAGAAGAAUAUCUGAAUGAAUUGGUUAAAGAGUCUACAGGAGAAGAAUAUCUGAAUGAAUUGGUUAAGGAGUCUCAUUUGUAAAAUAAAAUAAUAGGAUAUUCCAAAUUAAAUCUUAAUGAAAUAAUCCCAACAAAAAGAAAUGUUCUAAAUUAAAUCUUCAGGGAAUGUUCUUAAUAAAAUAUUAAAGUAGUAUCCAAGUUAAAUCUUCAGUGUGUGUAUCAAAUUAGAUUUGAACGAUUAUUCCAAAUUCAAUUUUCAGUCGAUGCAGUGAUAAAAUGAUAAUAGGAUACUGGUUAAAUCUUGUUAAUAGUGCAAAUAGAAUGGAACCUUAAUGAAUACAUGCAAUGAUAUAGUGAUUCACAAAUGUGGACCAACCACACUAUACACCAAUCAGAGACUUUGUUACAAAUAGCUGUGGAACUACUUGUAUAAUGCACCAAUGAGGUUCUCCGUUACAUAGCAGUGGUACACCUACCAUGGUCUAUAAUACUGAACUAAUAUUUAAGUGGGACUUGGAUGAGUGUGGUGAAUAGGCUAUUUAAGUAAUACUGUAAUCAAGGGCACUAUUAUCAUAGCGGGCUAGCUGUCAUUCUUCAACUCAGAUUUCAUGGGAAUAAUAUUGACCAAUCAAAACUAGUAAUACAAUACCAUGUGAUAAAAUAGACAUAGCUUUGUGUAGAGCUAUUCCAUUGUAUAAAGAUGUAAUGUGUAACGUGUUUGUGUAUAUGGGGAAAUGUGUGUAAUGUUCGAGUAUAUGGGGAAAUGUGUGUAAUGUUCGAGUAUAUCGGGAAAUGUGUGUAAUGUUCGAGUAUAUCGGGAAAUGUGUGUAAUGUUCGAAAUGUGUGUAGUGUUCGAGUAUAUGGGGAAAUGUGUGUAAUUAUUGUGUAUAUGGGGAAAUGUGUGUAGUGUUUGAGUAUAUCUGGAAAUAUGUGUAAUGUUCGAGUAUAUGGGGAAAUGUGUGUAAUGUUCGAGUAUAUCUGGAAAUAUGUGUAAUGUUCGAGUAUAUGGGGAAAUGUGUGUAAUGUUUGUGUACAUGAGGUGUGAGGUGUUUUUGUGUUGUGGUAUGUGUGAGGUGUGUGUUGGGGUAUGUGUGAGGUGUGUGUUGGGGUAUG